AUGCAGGCGGCCAUAUAUACUGUACUGGCAGGCCACAGGGUAGUAGCUCUCGAACGCCCAGCUCCGGCCAUGGCGCGCCAGCACUUCCUCGUCGUCGCGUACCCCGCGCAGGGCCACAUCAACCCGGCCCGAGCGCUCGCCGCGCGCCUCGCCCGGGUCACCGGCGCGGACGUCACCCUCUCCGCCGCCGUGUCGGCGCACCGGCGCAUGUUCCCGUCCCUCGCCGCGCCCGACGAGGAGGCCCGCGACGACGGCGCCGGCGUCUCCUACGUCCCGUACUCCGACGGCUACGACGAAGGCUUCCGGCUGUUCGACGGCGACGGCGAGGCGGCCUGGAGGAACGUCGACUCGUUCGACCGCGUCGGCCGCGAGACGUUCGCCGCCGUGGUGGACCGCCUCGCCGCGCGGGGGCGGCCGGUGACGUGCGUCGUGUACGCGUUCCUGAUGUGGUGGGCGGCCGACGUCGCGCGCGAGCGCGGCAUCCCGCGGGUGCUGUACUGGAUCCAGCCGGCGACCAUGCUCGCCGUGUACUACCACUACCUGCACGGGUACGAGAGCCUCGUGACGGAGCACGCCGGCGAGCCGGAGUUCACGGUGUCCAUGCCGGGCCUCCCGCCGAUGGCCAUCCGAGAUCUCCCGACCUUCUUCAUCGAUCUCGAUGACGCCUGGCUCGCCGCGGCGUUCAACGGCGUCAAGAAGACGAUCCGGCAGGUGGACAUUGACCGGAGCAGCGGUGGCGUCGCCGGAGCAAAGCCGAUGGUGCUCGUCAACACCGUCGAGGAACUGGAGCUCGACCUUCUCGCCUCCUUCCCUGAGCUGGACAUCCUCCCCAUCGGCCCGGUCGUCACCUCGCUCGACGGCGGCAAGGUCUCCAAAGCGUCGCACGACUUGUACAAGCACGACGAGAAGGGCUACAUGGAGUGGCUCGACGCGAAGCCGGCGGAGUCGGUGGUGUACGUGUCGUUCGGGAGCAUGUCGGCGGUGAGCAAGCGGCAGAAGGACGAGAUCCGGCGAGGGCUCGCCGCGACCGGGCGGCCGUACCUGUGGGUGGUGCGCGAGGACAACAGAGACGACGGCGACGGCGACGAGCCCGCGCCGCACGACGGCAUGGUGGUGGGGUGGUGCGACCAGGUGCGCGUGCUGUCGCACCCGGCCGUCGGCUGCUUCGUGACGCACUGCGGGUGGAACUCGACGCUGGAGGCCGUCGCCUGCGGCACGCCGGUGGUGGCGGCGCCGCAGUGGUCGGACCAGGACACGAACGCGCUCCUCGUCGCCGGCUGGGGCGUCGGCGUGCGCGCCGCCACGGCCGCCGACAGGGUCCUGGAGGCAGACGAGCUCGCGAGGUGCGUGGAGGCGGUCAUGUCGGACACGGCGGCCGCCUUUCGCCGGAGCUCGGCCGCGUGGAAGGCGAAGGUGCAGGGCGCCGUCGCGGAGGGCGGCUCGUCGGGUCGCAAUUUGAAGUCUUUCCUGGACCGAAUCGCAAAUGUUGCGCACAACACGUCGACGCAGCGUUCGUCAGGCGUGAUGUCUUGAAACAAAAGCGUCAAAAGUCAAAACAGCUCUCCGAUAUACCUACAAAUGCAGAGGAACAAAAAAAAAACACAAGAUAAUUAAUCAGUGAGAUGUAAUGGAUUUUAUUUUCAAUAAUCAAGUGUUCAAAUAUGCCCUCGAGUUCGUACAUGUAGUGUGGC